AUGGGGAGUAAGAACUCGGCGAACAAAAGUGCGGUGCCAGUACCACCGCCCUUCUAUGUUCUCCCUGACGUCCCCGUGCCGUCUCUGAAGCCUUCAAGCCUGGACUUCGCUGAGACCUCUGGAAAGCCGAUUUUAUGCGCUGGCUGGAUAGCACCAAAAGGUAAUCCCUCGUGGUCGCGCCGAAAUGUGGUGUACUCGUCUGACAUUGAGAUUCCAGUCCCGCAGUCGCGCCAGGUGCGGGUGAAAGUCUACGCUGCUGGCGUCAACCCCACUGAUGUUCACCGCACCGCUGUGCUGCCCAGAUCUCCUGAAGUAGGCUCCAGGGGCAAAGGCCGCCACACGACCCGUCACCCGAGACCCCCGUUUAAGUUCCCGUACGUGGUAGGCAUCGAGGGCGCUGGUGUCGUGGAGAGCGUUGGGUGGGCUGCCGGGUCAAAUGGGGAGGAAGACGACUCUGCAGGGGCAUUGGCCUCUGCCGGCGCCAGCGACAUCCAUGUGGGUGACCGCGUUGCCUUCUUGGCUGAUUUCACGCAGGGAAGCGGCGGUACCUUUUGCCAGUAUGCCGUGGUGGAUAGUGACAUUCUGUGGAAGCUGCCGGAGGUUGUGUGUUCGCCACCUUUUCCCUCUACCGGGGGGCUCAUGCCCGGCCGCCUCAUCGACUUUGUAGAAGCGGCGUCGUUGCCGGCCGCUGCCGCCACUGCGUACAUCGCGCUCUUCGACAAGCUGAGGAUAGAGACGCAGCGGUCGAUUUUCAUUAGCGGCGCCUCAGGCGGCGUCGGCUCCGUGGCGGUGCAGCUAGCUCACUACUUUGGGCUUUAUGUUAUUGCGAGCUGCUCGACACCAAACGUGCGUUAUGUCCAAAACCUCGGUGCCGACUACGUCGUUGAUUAUACUCGCACAGAUGUUGUGAAGGACAUUCUCAUGUACACAGACAACUAUGGAGUGGACUACCUGCUCGAGUGCGCUGAUGCGUCCAUGGCGGAGGCACACUCCGAGACAGUGCGGCUCGGCGGCUCGCUCUGCGUUUUGACGGGUUUGUUUACCCCAAGUAGUGACAUGGUGUUUCGACGACAGCUGUCUGUGCACUAUGUAUUUCUCGGGCUGCAACAUCAAGACCCGUUGGCACGGAUGCAGCUGAAGCCUUUGGGUGAGCUGGUAAUGCAGCUUUACAUUCAGGGUGCCUUCAGCGUGAAUGUAGAGCAGGUACCCUUUGUUCAAGCAACGGAUGCCCUGGAGGUGGUGGCAUCAGGCCACGGGCGUGGCAAGAUCGUGCUAACCAACUUCCACGUAAACGAGGACCAAGAAGAGCGCCAGCGCCGCCGACAUGCUCAGCUCUACGAAAAGGCUCAGCGUCAACAUCAGCAAAUAGAGAUGCAAAAGGCUGCCGGUGCAGCAGCGGUUGCGGCAGCCUCUGGGGCUGCAUCGAGGGGAGCGGAGUAG